ACCGCCUUCGACUGCCGCCUCCAAGUAGCUCAAGUAGGCAGCUAUAGUUACGGACAAAUUGCCGGGUUAGUUGCGGUCUCAGUCUCGUUCCCAUCGGGUGUGAACAUCAUGGCGCCACGGCAUAUACUUGAUCUUAGCGUUGAGGAGCAGCGCAGCUUUAUUGACUCCUUUGAUAUGGUAAUCAGCGAUUGCGAUGGCGUUGUCUGGCUGCUGGUUGGCUGGAUACCAGGUGCCGGCGAGGCGAUAAAUGCGCUUAAAAAUGCCGGCAAAUCCGUCAAGUUCGUGUCGAACAAUAGUUUCCGCACCGACGAUCAGUAUAUGGAGAAAUUUGAUCAUAUUGGCGCCAUCAAUGUGCAACACGACGAUGUAGUCCAUCCGGUGAAGAGUAUUGUACGCUAUUUGCAUAAGCACAAGCCCGGCAAACGCGUCUACUCGCUCAUGUCGCUGGAAGCCAAUGAGACGUUGCGUAAGCACGGCAUCGAGUAUGAGUCAUUGCAAAUCAAGGAGCAUCUGACGUCGGCCUCACUGGUCAAUUAUCUCGCAAUUGAGCGAACUGUGGACGCUGUGCUAUUUGAUAUACAUCUGGACAUGUCAUAUGUGGAGCUGGCCAAGGCCAUACGUCAUCUGCAGCUGAACGAAAACUGCCAGCUAAUUGCCGGUGGCACUGAUGUUAUUAUGCCACUGGCCGAAAAUCUCAAUGUACCUGGUUUCUAUGACUUCUUGCAGCAUGUCAAACGCUAUACGAAUCGCGAGUCAAUCUCUCUUGGCAAGCCAUCGCCCAUACUUGGUGAUAUGCUUAAGGAGAUUUACAAUAUACAAGCGCCCGAGCGUUGUAUUUUUGUGGGUGAUAUGCUGGUACAGGAUAUACAGUUUGGCAAGUCCUGUGGCUUUCAAUCACUGCUGGUGCUCUCCGGCAGCCUAACCAAAGAGGACAUGAUUGCGGCACCACCGGAGGCGCAGCCGGACUACUAUGCCGACAGCCUGGCCGAUUUCAUAGAGUUGUUUAAGAACGUGCAGCGUUAGCAGCUAAUUGAGCACAGUUACCAUUUUAUUUCUCGUUGAUGUAGUUGUUAAUGUUGUCCAGUCCAUGUGGGUUUAAAUAUAUCAUUUACAAUCA